GACACCCAUAGUUUUCUUUUUACCGUCAAACAGGCCACUGGAAAAACAAAAUCUUGAACCCAUUUCUUUGAAUAUUAGAAUCAAGUCUUUCAACAUUCUUUGUACGGACAUAAUCUAAGUUGAAAUCCUAGCACCCAACUUAUUAUUUUUUUUCAGGGGUUUUGAUUGAUUUCACUGAAAUUGUUCAAUUUUGUAAUGGAGCAAUCAGAAGCAAAAAACAACAAGAAGAAGAGAGAAAGUGGGAAUCAAUGGAGAUGGGUUGCUGUUAUUUCGGUUUUUGUAGUCAUGUUGGCUUUUGGGUUGGCUUCAAAGCCCUUUUUUUCAAACCCCACCUCGAAAUCUUGUCAGUGUUCUCAGGGUUCACAUAAAUACAGUGGAAUGGUGGAAGAUUGUUGUUGUGAAUAUGAAACUGUGGAUCAUCUUAAUGAGGAAGGAUUGUAUCCAUUGUUACAAGAUCUUGUCAAAACCCCGUUUUUCCGAUAUUUUAAGGUUAAGCUGUGGUGUGAUUGCCCAUUCUGGCCUGAAGAUGGUAUGUGCCGUUUGAGAGAUUGCAGUGUAUGUGAAUGCGCAGAAAAUGAAUUCCCAGAAACAUUUAAGAAACCUUUUAGUCAUGGCCUUUCACCCGAUAAUCCUGUCUGUCAAGAAGGAAAACCAGAGGCUGUUGUUGACCGAACAAUAGAUGCUAAAGCUUUCAAAGGCUGGACAGUAAUAGAUAAUCCGUGGACAAAUGAUGAUGAGACAGAUAAUGCUGACAUGACUUAUGUGAAUCUUCAACUGAAUCCUGAACGUUAUACUGGCUAUACUGGCCCAUCUGCUCGAAGAAUUUGGGAUGCGAUAUACACAGAGAACUGCCCCAGAUAUCCUUCAGAAGAGUUUUGUCAAGAGAAGAAAAUUUUGUACAAAUUAAUAUCAGGUCUUCACUCCUCGAUAUCAAUUCACAUAGCUGCUGAUUAUCUACUUGAAGAAGCAACACACGUGUGGGGUCGAAAUCUGACAUUGAUGUAUGAUCGAGUCUUAAGGUACCCAGAUCGUGUUGAAAAUUUGUACUUCACCUUUCUCUUUGUUCUUCGAGCUGUGACAAAGGCUUCAGAUUUCUUGGAGCAGGCUGAGUAUGAUACUGGUAACUCUGUGGAGGACCUGAAAUCACAAUCCUUGGUAAAAGGGCUGCUUCACAAUCCCAAAUUGCAAGCCGCAUGUCCCCUCCCAUUUGAUGAGGCAAAAUUAUGGAAAGGCCAAAGUGGACCUGAAUUGAAGCAGCAAAUACAGAGACAAUUCAGAAAUAUAAGUUCUUUGAUGGACUGUGUGGGGUGCGAGAAGUGCCGACUCUGGGGAAAGCUUCAGGUUCUGGGUCUUGGUACUGCAUUAAAAAUCCUCUUCUCUGUUAAUGGACAGGACAACAUGGGUCACACGCUCCAGUUGCAACAUAAUGAAGUGAUUGCUUUGAUGAACCUACUCAAUCGACUCUCUGAAUCAAUUAAGUUAGUUCAUGAAAUGGGGCCUGCUGUUGAGAAAGCUGCAGGAGUUCCAAUUCCAGCAUUUGGUGAUCGAACUAGUAUUUGGCAGAAAUUAUGGAAUUCUGUAACCGGACAUAAGUGAGACGUUCUGGAAUAUCUCCAUAUCUGAACUAAUAUACUGUUAAACAUUGAUAACAUGAGACUAAGAAUUUUCCUGUGGUGUAUUAUAUCAAGAAUAUAGGUUGAACAAGAAACUGCCAGCCAAUUGUAAUGCACAGCUGCGCUGAAAGGAGAAUGUAAAGUAGUAUGUUUAGAAUGAAAGUUUUGAUAAUCGGAAAAGUUUUGAUACAAGUAUGUAGUGAUAUAGUUUUGCCAGUGUACUAGAGUGAAAAAUUACACGGAAGAUCAUUUAUUAAUUGCAA